GCUGCGCGCACGCGGCCCUCGCUUGCUCAGACGCUGGCGGGCACACCGCACACGUGACGCCCGCCGUGUUUGAGGAAACGGGCGCCCACGAUGGAGGGCAAAGCCCCGGUGUCCGAGCACGGGGAGACCUCCAAGGCCGCCGUGCCCGAGGUGACCAGCGAGAGCAGGGCGGCCAGCCGCGGGCUGUCCGUGCUCGACCUCAUCCUCCGCUUCGUCGCGGUCGCGGCCACCGUCGGCAGCGCCAUCGCCAUGGGCACCACCAACCAGACGUUGCCCUUCUUCACGCAGUUCCUCCGGUUCAAGGCGCAGUAUAAUGAUCUCCCGGCCUUAACGUUCUUCGUGGUGGUGAACUCGAUCGUUGCAGCGUACUUGGUCCUGUCGAUCCCUCUGUCCAUCGUUCACAUCAUCAGAAGCAGGGCAAAAUACAGUAGGCUGGUCUUGGUCUUCUUUGAUGCGGCAAUGCUGGCGCUGGUGACGUCGGCAGCAUCAGCGGCCGCGGCGAUCGUGUACUUGGCGCACAAGGGCAACGCUAGGGCGAACUGGUUCGCCCUCUGCCAGCAGUUCGACUCCUUCUGCGAGCGCAUCUCCGGCUCCCUCAUCGGUUCCUUCGUGGCCAUGGCCCUGCUCAUUCUGAUCAUACUCCUGUCCGCCGCCGCCCUGGCACGGCGCUAGAUGCCGGCCGUGUGCAGUAUACAUGUGGGUCUUUGUCUAUUGUGCUACUUGUUUGUGAGCUGUCCGUACCGUGCAGUCAUCACAGCUACAUGGCGUACAUGGAGUGGUUCGUGAAAAGGUCGCUUGCUAAGGAUUAGUGUCUGUGUGCAUCGUCUUCCUCGUCAAUGUACCGUUCGAGUUUUCUCUUUAGAUAAAGACUGUUCAAGUUUGGUUUUGCAAAACGUGCACAGGAGGUCCAAAAGGAAAAGCGGUUUUGAAUAGUCAACAAGCCACUAGCGUGGUUAGAGGGCGCU